CGAAUUUGAAUGCCUUGCGGGUGUGACGGAUAGACUCUCUUAAAUCCUCCCCAUCCAUCGCUGCAUUGUAUCGAUACCAUUCACGGCCGGCGCCAGGCAGCCCUCCUCCUCACGCGAAGAGAGAGGUUAGAGCUCUAUGGCGGGCAAGUCGUCGGCCAUAUCGUCGAUUCUCCACUUGGCGAAGGGUGAGAGGCGGGGUGUCAACACCUCUAUCCUCGAUGGCAGCGGGCUGCGGCUGGGGCAGGAGAGGAGGAACUUCAACGCCUACAUGGUCUAUGAGUCACAGGUGGGCGAGGGCAUGGACACCCGCACCAAGCAAGGCAACACACACGUGUGACGUGCAUGCAUGGCACCGAUAAGCCACAUCUAUCAACCAUGAGUAUGCGUGUGUUUCUGGCCCCGUGCGUCGUGGCUGCAGAUGCGGAGGAUUCUCCUCCGUUUGAAGGUGUUCCUCAUCGGCUAUUCCAUCUGCGUGGUCGCCAUCGCCCUUGGCUGCGGCAUCAAGGUGGUGCUGGACUCACAAGUACAGAGAGACGCCACUCAGGCCUUCGAACGGUCAUACGACCACUACUACGCCGCCUCUAAUCUGCUCUCUAAGGGCCACGCCACGCACUUCAAGCUCAUAUCCACUUCCCCUCCCGAAGCACCGGCUGAGAUGGCUGCCUUCUCCCUGCAGCUGCAGCGAUUCAAGCAAUUGGGGAGCCCGGCGGGGGAGGUGAGAGAUUAUGGGCAGGAGGGGGCGGCCGACAAGCUCAAGAAGGCCGAUCCGUACCGGCAGCAGAUGAUCACCGUUGGCGAGGAGGUCCUGGUCAUCUUCACCGCCACAAGUGGCGUCAACGAUACAUUUGGGGACGUGCGGCUGUCUCGCCAGAAGCUCGAGGAGAUGGUGGCGGCGCAGACGUCUUAUGAGAGCAUUGUGAGCGGUGUAAUAGCCGAUUUGAAGGACGAGCUGGACGAGCGGUGGGAGACAAUGGUGUCCCUGCCCAUCGUCAUGGUCUCUGUCCUGGGGGCACUCUCUGUCAUAUGCGCGCUGCCGCUAUUCGGACUCUCAGGUGCGUCGAUGAGACACGCACCAAGGAAUGGGAAACACACACACGCUCGAUUUCUGUCUCCUCUCUUCUGUGUUGCGACUGACUGGUACACAUGCAGGUUAUCUGUCCAACCUCUUCAACACGGCCUGGACGGUGGCCCAGCGGUCCGAUGAGGAGCUGUCCCGAAAGCUCAAGAAUCUCUACACCGUCGCCCACCUGGUGCUCACCGAGCGACUCCUCUCUCGCCUCAUCGUCUGCGCAGGGGCGACGGCCCUCAUCCACUCGGCAUUCACCUGCCUCACCUCUCGAGAAGCGUCGCCCGGACCAGACGGAGAGAGAGGAAAGGACGCAAAGGGCAAGAGAAAGAGGGUUCCGACGGCGAAGCGACGUGCGGUGAUAGGGAAGCUGAUUCGGAUGCUGGAGAACAACAUGCGGUAUCUGCUGAGGUCGGUGCACUCGGCCGACGAGUACCUGAUGGCGGAGGCCGAUGUCAUGGAAGUGAGCGGAGUCGGGAAGGAAGGAAUGGAUCAUAGAAGGGAAAACUCUCUUUGUGUUCUCAGCUUCAUGCAGAGCACCUGGACCUGAGGUCAUGCGUUGAGGAGUGCAUCGAAGUAAAUAGGAGACGCCAUAUAAGAUAUGGAUGUCAACAACCGAAUCGUCCUUAUCUGUCGUUCGCAGAUAUUCUACAAUCGUGCAGCAGCCAAGGGCAUUACUCUGUCCUGCACCUUCGGCCCCGGAGUGCCCUCUACCAUCAUAGCCGACGAAGGCAAACUCAGGCAAAUACUCAUCAAGGUCCGCCCGAAACUCCCAUGCCCCGCACCCACACAUCACACCGAUAUCUCUCUGGUCCAUUUCUUUCUCAGCUGCUGUCCGGUGCCGUGGAGAACACCAAUUCCGGCGGCGUAGACGUGUUUGUGGUGGUCAAGACAAUUUUGCCCCUCGACACGAGCGCCGAUAUUACCUCACGCCGGCCGUCGGCACUGGGCGGCUUUGGGUCCAUCUUCGGCGGGUUCGACCUCGGCAGGGUCCUAGGGCUGCCCGUGUCGCUCUUCACCAUGCCCCGUGCGGGCCAGAAGAAGCUGCUCGAGACGGGUCGGCUGCUCAACUACGUGAUCCAGUUUGAAGUCAAGGACACGGGCGAGGGGCUGCAGGACGCAUCCGACAUACUCGACCCAAUGAGCCUCAAGCACAAGUACGUGUGUGUGGGCAGGAAUGCAGAGCAGACAGAGGCAUGUGGAGAGACAAGAGAAGGAAAUGCUCGGUGUGUUCUGUGUGCGUGUAUCUAUGUGUAGGGCUGGUGAGGGUCUGCGGCUGUUGGUGGCUGGCAAGAUGGCCCAGGUGAUGGGCGGACAAAUGGAGAUCCUCUCCAUACCCAGCAAGGGCACCAUCACCAAGUCAGCAAACGGAAAAGGACGAGAGAGAUAGAUGGCUUGGCGAGCAUGGUAUUCUUUGUCUGUCUGUCAGUUUUUCGAUCUCGGCCCAGGGUCGGUUCCAGCCCUCCGACUUCCACCCAGACCUUCCCACACUCCUCAACUUCGGCAAAGUGCCUCUGGUGCGGACGAAAUAAAGCAAAGAGAAGAGGCAGCCAUCUAUCUCUUUCUUUGCACAUGUCUCUGACAUUCAUGUGUACUUGUGUCAGUUGGUGACUCUGGGUCUGACGCCCUCAUCCAAGGGCUACUUGACAAGCCUCUGUCAGGACCUGGGCCUCAACUGCCAGCACGCGGCGUGCGUCAACGAACUGCUCACCAUCAGCGUCAAGGCAAAGAAAGAUCCCCCCUCCGGAGAGCGCGUGGGCAUGUGUCUCCAUUUCUGGCUGGUUCAGGGUUACUUGUGUUGCGUGUUCAUCGGGGAUGUGGUUCAAUACAAGGAGGGCCAGCCCGCCGACAUCCUGGACAUCCUGCAGUCCCACCUGCAAAAGCACCAGCAGCUGAACAGAUUGGGCACCAAAGACAUGACGGUCGGCCGGGAAGCCAGCAUACCCAUCCUCAGGAAACAGGAGUCCAUGCAGCUCUCCCAAAACACCGAAUUCUCCAGGGUCAUACUCUUCUCAAGGGUCAGUCAGAUCAACGCCCCCCUUGCACCCUCCCCAUCAUCCUCCCAAUACCAACACACACACACAUGACUCCCCCUUGUCUCUUGCAGGAGUCAGCCUUGAUUCAGGCAGGUGGUCAGCGCAGCUCAGUCAUCGGCGCGUCUCUGUCCUACCCCGCCCGCGCCCCGUCGGCGAGCAGCGCCAACCUUUCUCCAGUUGCGACCAACGGCAAGGCUCAGGCGCAGCUGCCGCUGCCCCCACGGGCACCGUCGGGCGACUACGUGUACCGCGACCCCAAUAUGAUCCCGAGCCCGCGGGAGAGCCCCAUGCCGAUGCACAUCGACACCGAGGUGGCGGCCGCCAGGGUGCCUUCCAGGACAGGCAGCGUCAGACCCUCAAUGGCCACCGUGUUCAACCCUGAGGAGGUCGUGUGGUAACAAAAAGUGGUCUUGCGUGUCUGUCUGACGACCGAUGGCUGGUCUGGUCUUUGUUGUGGUUGCUGGUUGUGCGCUUUGUAGGACGACGGAGCCGCUGCGGACAAAAGAGGUCAUUGCGCUCAUCAUCAACGGAUUCAAACCUGAAGUGUACGCACCCACCACGCACUCUGCACCCCGCACUCUCCCUGGCCCUCUGUCUGUCCAUCAGCUGGGCUGAGGCGGCCGCCUCGCCCAAGAAGGGCGGCGACAAGAACCACAAGAUUGCACCCAACAACGGCCUCCCCACCACCUUCGCAGACAUCACAGCCGGCGGACAGGCGAUGGAGGUCGUCGGCUCACCCAAGAGCGUCAGCUCAUCGGGGAGGAGCCCACGCUCGCCCACCCACGGGGCCAAAGGGGUGAUGGCUCAGGUGCAGCGGCUGUCCAAGGUGGAGCUGCUGGAGCUGGAGGACGAGACGGCGGCGAGGGUAUUCGGCUCGCUCCUCACCCAUGGAUACCCCAGACACCUGGUGCCCUACCUCAAUCUUGUCAUCAAGUGAGGCAGCCAGUGGGCGGGGUGUCACGAUAUGAUCUUCUGACUUGUGUCUCCGUCGGUGUGCGCGUCAGGUCAUUGAACGACACCUCUUGGCGGGCGAGUGCUGGCACCAUCAACAGCGUCUGCUGCUCACAGGUCCGCCGUCCGCGCGCCAGUGCACCUCCCACCCCACGGGCAUCCUGUCCUUGCUGCGUGUUCGCAGGCCAAGUUCGUGCCGUUCAUUCCGGAGGAGGCGCUGCACCGUGAGGCGAUAGAGGAGCUGGAGCACUAUUACAGCGAGAAGGACAAGGGUGGCAGCCGUGACCUCGACGACAUGUCCCAGUACGAGGAUGUCGAUGAGGAUGCCGACGAAGAGGCCGAGGAGUCGCCUGCCAGCCAGACCGACCCCACAGAAAAAGACGACACCGCACUCCAGCAGCAGCAGCACCAAGAGCCGCCUGAAGAAGAGCAGGAGUCCAUUGAAAGAGACACAAGAAGUCGAGCUUCGUUCAUGCUGUCCCGGUCGCGAAGACAGUCGCGUGCGUCGUUUCUGGGUACGGAGGAUGACGGCACGACGACGCCGAGGUUCACCUGUACCAAGUAUGAGGGCAAGAUGCACGCGGCGCCAGUGCAGCCUGAGGAGGUGGGCGUGAGCCCCAAGCUGAUGGCACGGAUGAACUCGCCAAGCGUGACCAAACCUGCACGGCCGUCAUCGGCUGCAGUGACGGUGAGCCAGAAAUGAAGGAGAGCCGUGUGACUGACUGAAAGGGAGAACAUGUAUAUGGAUCCAUGGGUACCCGUGUGUGGUGUGUAGUCUGUGUUGGAGAUGGGUGGCGAAUCGCUGGAGGAGUUCCUCAAGUGGGAGUGCGACAUUCUCAGCUGGCCACUCGAAAAGACCGCCAGGACUGUGAGGUACGUCAAUGCAUUAAAUGGCCUGACACGAACCAAUUUUUUAAUGACACACACGCACAUGUCUCACUUUCUCUGUCACACCCUCAUGCUUCAGGCUCUUGCUGACGUCAUUCAGGUAAGCUAAGCCGGCCUCUGCACUGCCACACAUGACUUUUUAUGUGUAUUGUGUGUCUGCAUUACCUGCCUGCAGUGAGGAGGGUGGUUUGAAGACGAGCCGUUCGACGAUCAGUUCGUUUGUGGCGACGAUGGUGCACAACUACCACCACUCAAACUACUACCAUAACUUCUGGCAUGGCGUCUCAGUCGCGCAGGUAGGGAUGUGAGUGAGACACAGACACACAAGUGUUUGGUGAUUGAAUGCGGCGGGUUGAACGAACAGGUGAUGGCGAUGUUUCUGACUGCUAGUGACCUCCGGCCGAUCUAUAACGGCGUCGACAAGUUCGCACUCGCCAUCGCUUGUAUGGUCAAUGGCAAUGGCACUCACUCAGCACAUAGCAAAGGGACGCGGCGUGACAUGACGUGUCUCUCUCCCUCCCUCCCUGCUGCGGAUUUUCAGCGUUGGGUCACGACACUGACCAUCCCGGGGUGUCCAAUCGCUACCUCACAAGUGCUUGCAGGUAGGUACCGAGAGGGUUGCAAUCAUUGCAAUGAUGGCAACCCGAGAGAGAGACAAUGGCUGAGUUGUCCUGUGUGUGCAGUUUUGUGGCUCGUCUGUACAAUGAUGCCUCGGUGCUCGAGAACCACCACUCGGCCCUCCUGUUUGAAGUGCUCGCGUAGGCAACCACACCACACCACACCACACACCCCCGUACCUACCGUGCUUUGCCUUGGCUGCAUGGCUGCUUCUUGAAUUGCGUGAUGGCAGUCGCGAGGAGUCCGACGUGUUCAAUGCGUUGCGCGACAACAGCCACGCCCCUUUGCACUCGCGAGUGGGGAGCGGCGACAAGGGCGGCAGCACCGUGAUGGUCACCUGGCCGAUGCUCAGGAAACGAAUCGUCAACGCCAUCCUCGCAACAGACAUGGCCAAACACUUCGACAUCGUCAAAGACCUCAAGGAAAUCAAAGCUGCCGUAAGACAGUCAGACACACACUAUGAGACAGACAGACGGCCGCGUGCACUUGUGGUGUGUCUGUCCAUGUGUGUGUGUGUGUGUGUGUGUGUGUUUAGGAGAUGCGUGGCGAGGAGGGUCGUCCGACGAUCACUGGCGUCAGUGACGUCUACCAGCUGUAUGAAAUGUCGCUGAUGCACGCAGCCGACAUCUCCAACCCAACACUGCCCUUCUACCUAUACCGGGAAUGGGCCGUGAGAAUCGUUGCUGAGUUCCACGCACAGGUUCGCACGCGCCAUCAAACACACACGUGCCUCGUGAAUGUGCGUGUCAAUCAAUGGGUGUGUGUGUGUGUGUGAUAGAAUUUGCUGGAGGCUGGUGAGCAUCUGCCGGUGUCGAUGCCGAUGGUCAAGGGCAUCACUGAGCUCGACGUCGCCAACUCACAAGUCGGAUUCAUCGGUAGGUACACAUCACAUCGGACAGACAGACAGACAGACACUCACACACCACACCUACAAAGAGACAGAGAGAGCACCGAGAGCUCUGUGGAUCAGAUCACGUCUCACUCACUCAUUUGACUUACUUCAGAUUUCAUCUGUCUGCCGUUAUUCUCGGCGCUGACUGCCAUCUUCCCCGUCGGCCUCACACCCAGACUCGCACUCAUGGAGGAAAACAGGUAUGUGGGUGUAUGAUUCACAACAGGCAGGCGCACGCUCUUUCGUGUCUCAUCUCUCAAUGAAAGGAUUCAUGACGCCAUCACGCCAACAGGGACCGUUGGAAGCAGAUUCGCGAUAACCUGGCGGCCACACAGAAGACAUUCAAGCACCGCACUAGCACCGAACACCACCAACAGCCACAGCCACAGCCACAACUACAACAGCAGCAGCAGUCGGCGUCCCCCCGCCAGUCCAAGGUUCACAUCCCCCCACCCACAGCACCGGAACCCUCGCCCUCGCCGCCACCACAGCCGGCGCAGGAGGCGCCACUCACUCUGCCGCUCAACACGCCCGAGCAGCCGUCGGAUGCUGCCGCAGAGGACGAGAGCGAGACACGUCAUCAAGAGGAGCCAAAUGAAGGUCAUGAGCCAGGGGGUGAGGGGGAGAGAGAGGCCAAUGGCGGCGAAAGGGAAGACCGUGGCAACGGCAACGGGGGGGAAGGGGAGGGGACGGAAUGACAUUGGCCAUCUUGUGAGGGUUUGGUUUGUCACACAUCGUCUUUGACUUCGCUCGGUGAGGUUUCUUGUGGGACACAUGCGGCAUGUGGGCGGUUUCUCUUUCUUCUUCUUCUUCUUUGGCGGGCUGGGCUGGCCUUUGUUUGUCUCAGCCGGCCCGGUGUGUGCGUGUAGGUGUACUUGCUGUACGUGUGGAUGGGGUUGGGUUCAUGGAUGGACAGACAGACAUGCUUUAUUUUGCCAACGCUCGCGGAGGGUAUAGGGCGUGGGUGGGUGGGUGUUGCUGGUUGCUAACAG